AUGGCCAUCGCAGAAGGAGAAGCCAUGGGUUUUGAAGAAGACGAUCAUCAGGCCGCCUACAUCUUCAACCCCAUAGAAGAUGCCGAGCAUGGCUCGCGGCCAUCUAAAAGGCGGAGGGUAUCUGGCACAGCGGAACCUGCCGGCACGACCCCCGAUGAUGUCUCCUCGGGCUUCGAACCCUUAUUCAAAGGUGCCGAGAAAGCAGAGUGUGUGCGCCGACGCAAGGAGCUGUUCGAGACUUCGUGGGCCCCUAUUGAAGAUCGCAUCCAGCGAGUUUUGAGAGAGGCGAAUCAGAGCACGCUAGAGGAGGUCAGCGCUUUCGUCCGCCAUACAGUCGACCAGACCGAGAAGAUUCCAACAGCCUUCAUAGUUGCGGGGCCCAAUGUUGCUUCUCAAAGUCUGCUGUUUGAGCAGCUCUCGGAGACGCUGCACGACGUUUGCCAAGGCCGAUUCGUCCGCAUCCGCUCCGUCGAGGCACCUAACCUCAAGGGCACGCUGAAGAAGAUCAUCAGGGAUGCCACGAGGAGGACAUCAAUCGACGAUGAUGAUGCCGAAGUUAUGGUCGGCCAAGACGGUAGGAAAUUCUUAGACUACGACCUGGAGGCUUUGCACGCCUUUGUCAAAUCGAACCCUUUACGGAGGGUCAUUGUUACCUUCGAGGACAGUGAGGCUUUCGACAGUGGGCUACUCUCGGACCUUAUAACCCUCUUCAAUUCUUGGCGUGGCCGUAUUCAGUGGACGCUGCUAUUUGGGGUAGCAACAUCGGUAGAGCUGUUCCAGGCACGGCUCCUCAAGUCAACAUGUCGCCACCUUUACGGAGGCCAGUUCGAUGUAGUCCAGACAGCAGCCAUCCUCGACAGCAUCGUCAAGAGGGCUGUCGCUGCUGUGGAUACGAGUCUUAGUGUCGGCCCCUCCCUUCUCGGAUCUUUGGUUGAGAGACAAAGCGACCACGUUGCAGGGCUGCCCGUCUUUGUCGGUUCGCUCAAGUAUGCUUAUAUGUGCCACUUCUACGCGAAUCCUUUGAGUGUAUUUACCACUGAAGAAGGGGCCGUCGGGCGGGGUUCUAUUCAGCCGGAGCAUCUGGAAUCUGUCCGUUCAUUGCCGUCCUUUCGCCGGCGGGUGGAAGCACUAGUCGAUGCCCAAGACACCAAGACUGCCCGGUUGCUAUUAGACGACGAUGAAUACCUUGCCGAGCAGAUACAGGGAUCUGUCCAAGAUCGAAAAGCCUGGCUCAGUAAAGUCGCGCGGUGCCUCCACUUGCUAUACGCCGCCGACAUCUGGUCGGAAGGCUUUGCAAAACAUUAUAUCGAUGCCCUGUCUGACGGGAUUGACCUCUCUGCUGAAGGUUCAAUUCUUGCUGACCCUGUGCGGCGAAUGGGGCCUGAUGAAGUCCUGACCAUGAUCCAGCAAGUUCUCGAGGCCUACCGGAACGGUGACCCGGACUUGGCCCUAGGCGCCGAGGAUAAAGAAUCAGCGCUGGGGAGGUCACUACACGACAUAGAGCAAGCGGUCAAAGCAUUACAGGACAAAGCAGGCGCGAGCGGAGCUCAGCUGCGCAGCAAAUACAGCGCGCACAGCAAGGUCCUCCGCACGACCGUCAUCGCACAAAAGGUGCAGCUCAGCCGUGACACGUCGGCGCUGACUCAGGAGGACAAAGAGUUCACUGCCCUCGUAGACCGCCUGACGGAUUGUCUGUCUAAGGAGUUGUCUUGCGAGGGCGCAGAAAGCGUCUUUCUCCACGAGCUCUGGCUCUACGACUCCAAGCUGCCGCACCGGGACGUCUUUGCGCCGCGCCCGGGCUCCGUGUUCCAGCGUGCUUUGACGCGACCGCACGACUACCUUGCCUGCUCGUGCUGCGCCGGCAAGGGACAAGUGCUGGCGGCCACGGAGCCGGCCACGGCCGUGCUAUAUCGACUGUACCUGGAGACGGGCUCGCUCGUCAACGUGGCGGAUCUAUGGACUGCGUUUUACGGAGUCGUCGGCAAGGACGAUGCUGACGGGGAUGAGGACGCUGAAAAGGACGACGGUGGCGAGGAUGAUGACCGCUACGACGAGAGGACGGCGCUGGUUCUCUUUUACCGUGCACUGGCCGAACUGAAAGCCAUGGGAUAUGUCAAGGCAAGCAGGAAGAAGGCCGACCAUGUUGCGAAGCUCAAGUGGCUGUGA